AUGACUGAUGUCACGGUAAGUUUUAUGAUGCAAAGUUACAUAAUAAAAGGUAAUUUAUACGUUAAGGUAAUUUUUCUUAAAAUUUUUAAUAAUAGAUACAAAAAUAAAAUACUAAUUGAUGUAAAACUUUUAUCUCUUUCAGACGGCCGAAGCUUUGUUAUGUGCUUCAAAUCAGUCUUCAGAGAAUUGUAAAAGUAUAGUCAAGAUUACCGCACAGUUUAACAAUCUGUCAUUUUGGAUUCGAUGUCAGAUUCUGACGCCUGAUUCUCAGAAAGAUCGUGAAAAGAGGUUCGAAAAGUUUUUGAAAGUUGCCAAGGUAAGUAUAGAGCCAUUUACGGCAGGGUGUAUAUGAAUUUUUUUAAUUUCCUUUGAAGUACGCGUUCUAAAAUGGAUGAUUUUGGUCAAAAAGUUUGUAGAAAAAUGUUUUUUGUUAUAAUUGAAAGACUUUAUUCUAAAAUUUUAGGCUUUGAAAAAGCUGAACAACUUUAAUUCAUAUUUGGCUGUGAUAAGUGCAUUGGAUUCAGGACCAGUCAAGAGAUUAGAGUGGCCUAAACAUAUCAGAAAGCAAAUAGCUGAAAUGGUGACGAUAAUGGACAGUCGACAGUCUUUCAGCAACUUUAGGUCAGAGUUGAACAAGGCCAAGCCACCUCUUAUUCCUUAUUUGUAAGUUUUAUUUUAAAUUAGGUUUUGGACAGAUAAAGUCAGACUUUUAAUUUGAAAAAUAAUUUUUGAAAAGAUAACCUUAAGUUUUUGAUUGUAAAACUAUUUUGGGGAUUAAAUCAAUCUUCUAUAUCUCAAAAAAUUACAAAGUUAUUGAAAUACGUACUUCCAGUGGCCUAAUUCUGCAAGACUUGACCUUUGUCAAUGUGGGAAAUCCCGACUACUUGCCCAACAACAAAGAUAUGUUGAAUUUUGCGAAGCGAUGGCAGCAAUACGCGAUUCUGGACAGUGUGGAUCGCCUGACCCGCUGGUAAGACAGUUUGUGAUAAGAAUUGUUUAUUUGCGUUCUUUGAACACACGUGGAAAGGACGUUUCGAGCCGUUUAAAGGGCGAUCGAAAUGGAAAUAGUUACAAAAUACGUACUUUUUGGGUUUUAAUAAGUUUGAAGGUGAAUAUAGGAGCCGUAAGGAAGGUUUUCAGAUAUUGGUUUUGAAGGUUUAUAAUGUUUAUACUUUUAAAGUGAAAUUUUUGUUAAAGAUUUAGAGUACGAAGCUUUAAAGUGAGUAAAAAGGAAUGUCGAAACUUGUUUUCAGCUAUAUUUUAAGCUUUUUAUAAAAAUAUCCGGGCCACGCGAAAUAAUUUUCGCCAAAAAAGUUUAUGCAUCAGGCCGGGCUAACGAUUGUUUUGGGAUGGUUUUAAUAUAUUAUAGUAAGAAUACGUCUUUUUCCUGAUAAAACCUUUAAUAAACUUGAAAAGGCUUCAAAAUAAGGGACUGUAUAAAUAAGUUUUAGUAAGAUUUAGUUUAAAAUUGGUUUUUUUUUGGGAUUUUGGAUAAAAGUAAAGGAGAAGAUGGUUUAUAAGCUCUUUUUUGGAAAGAUGAAAGUGAAUUUGAAAUUUUUGAUAUUAUAAUUUUAAAGCGCAUUUAUUAAGCUUUAAAAUGAGGUAUUAUAUAAGAGAUUACAUUUGGUAGCUUCUGAGUUAUUCACUGUUAAAGUUGUUGUACCUUAUGAUGUAAGGACGACAAUUUGUUUAGUUAAAAUUUGUCGUCAACAUUAAAAAGCUUUAUAGCAAUUCAAAAACUAGAUAUAAACUUUUUUUGAACCAAAUCUUGACGCAAUCUGGCCCAAAUUGCAGGCGCUACGACAUCAAACCCGACCAUGACAUUCUGGCGCUGUUCGCCGACUUUAACGAACAAUUAGACGACGAAGGCUGGACUAGAUCAUAUGCAAUCAAACGACGGGACUGA